CGGGGUCCAGCGUGUCGCGAACGCGCGAUGACCACGUGGAGCGUCCGGCGGAGACCCGGCCGCACACUCGGACUGCUGCUGCUGGUGAUCUUGAGCUUCCUGGUGCUUCGCAGGUUGGACUGGAAUGUUCUGAUUCCACUGUGGCUGACACACCGACACACAGGGCUUCAGGCCAAUGGCCAAAACUUUAUGUUGGAAGAAUCUGCCUUCUGGAUCUUUGGGGGCUCUGUGCACUAUUUCCGGGUGCCCAAGGAAUACUGGAGGGACCGCUUGCUGAAGAUGAGAGCCUGUGGCUUGAAUACCCUCACCACCUAUGUCCCCUGGAACCUCCACGAGCCAGAAAGAGGAAAAUUUGACUUCUCUGGGAACCUGGACCUGGAGGCCUUUGUCCUGAUGGCUGCAGAGAUCGGGCUGUGGGUGAUUCUGCGUCCUGGGCCCUACAUCUGCAGCGAGAUCGACCUCGGGGGCCUGCCCAGCUGGUUACUCCAGGACUCUGGCAUGAGACUGAGGACAACUUACAAGGGCUUCACCGAAGCAGUGGACCUUUAUUUUGAUCACCUGAUGUCCAGAGUGGUGCCGCUCCAGUACAAGCAUGGAGGACCCAUCAUUGCUGUGCAGGUGGAGAAUGAAUAUGGUUCCUAUAACAAAGACCCCGCCUAUAUGCCUUAUAUCAAGAAGGCCUUAGAGGACCGAGGCAUUGUGGAGCUGCUCUUGACCUCGGACAACAAGGACGGCCUGAGCAAGGGCUUUGUCGAAGGAGUGCUGGCCACCAUCAACUUACAGUCGCAAGAUGAUCUGCAGGUUCUAACCACCUUUCUCCUCAGUGUCCAGGGUGUUCAGCCCAAGAUGGUGAUGGAAUACUGGACAGGGUGGUUUGACUCAUGGGGUGGCCCCCACAACAUUCUGGAUUCUUCUGAGGUUUUGAGAACAGUGUCUGCCAUCAUCGACGCCGGCUCCUCGAUCAACCUCUACAUGUUCCAUGGCGGCACUAACUUCGGCUUCUUAAGUGGAGCCAUGCACUUUGAUCAGUACAAGUCUGAUGUAACCAGCUAUGACUAUGAUGCCAUACUGACAGAGGCUGGGGAUUACACAGCCAAGUAUGUCAAGCUUCGAGAAUUCUUUGGCUCCAUCUCAGCAGGCACCCCCCUCCCACCCCCACCUGAUCUUCUCCCCAAGACUGCAUAUGAGCCACUGAGACCUGCCUUCUACCUGUCGCUGUGGGAUGCCCUGCAGUACAUGGAGGCGCCAGUCAAUUCCGACAAGCCAGUCAACAUGGAGAACCUGCCCGUGAAUGAUGGGAAUGGACAGUCCUUUGGGUACACCCUGUACGAGACCACCAUUGCCUCGUCUGGUGUGCUCAGUGGUCUUGUGUGUGACCGGGGACAGGUAUUUGUGAACACAGUGUCUAUAGGAUUCUUGGACUAUGAAAAGAGGAAGAUCGUUAUUCCCUUGAUCCAGGGUUAUACCAUGCUGAGGAUCUUGGUGGAGAAUCGUGGGCGAGUCAACUAUGGGGACAAUAUCGAUGACCAGCGUAAAGGUAUAAUUGGAAAUAUCUAUCUGAAUGAGUCUCCCCUGAAAAAGUUCAAAAUCUACAGCUUGGAUAUGAAAAAGAGCUUUUUUAAGAGGUUCACUGCUGGGACAUGGAGCCCUGUCCCCGAAGUUCCUACCUUUCCUGCUUUCUUCCUGGGUGCCUUGCCAGUUGCUCUUUCCCCCUCUGACACCUUCAUGAAGUUGGAGGGUUGGGAGAAGGGAGUUGUAUUCGUCAACGGCCAAAACCUUGGCCGCUACUGGAACAUCGGCCCUCAGGAGACCCUCUACCUCCCAGGUGCCUGGUUGGACCAAGGCAUCAAUCAGGUUGUUAUUUUCGAGGAGAAUAUGGCAGGCCCUAUGAUACAGUUCACCGAGACACCCCACCUUGGCAGGAACCAGUACAUUGACUGAGCACCACCAGCAGCGCCCCCAGGUGGCAGGAUGCAGGAGUGCGGCCUUCUUCCCUGGACCAGAGGCCUGGUGCUUCUUCUGCCCACCCUCCCCUCAGGAGUUUCCUUAAGUAGCUACCUCAGAGAGCCAAAGGCUAAGCUCUGCCCACUGCUUUAGCUCAAGUCUCAAGAGGUGAGGUGGCAAGGGAGGGGCCCAUGUGGCUUCUUGGCUGGCACUUGUUGACGGAGACUUUUCUACUUCCCUGCUUUUCUGGGAGAGGACAGAGGGCCUACUGUGGGGUGGUGAUGCCACUUGGAGCUCCAAGGACUGAAGCCCAGGGCCCUCUGGAAAGAACUGACUGGUUGAGCCCAAUGCAGGUUUGCUGCUCCUCAGAGUAUUUUCACCUGAAUUGACCACAUCUCUCACGGCCUUCCUUGUUUCUGAAAUAGUGGGCCUGUCACCAUUUGUAGAGCAACAGGGAAGGGCAGAGGCAGGGGGGUCUCUCACCCUCCCUGAGCCCUUAGGGUUUUUAGAAGCAGCUCUGUUUGAGAGACACACGCUUUCUCUUUUUUCAUCCCCACUCUAAUUGCAUUUGACAGGAUGACAAGCCAAAGCUUAAGAGAAACAGAAAUACUGCCACUUAUUUUCCUGAAUUAGAGAGCAUUUCCAGUUACACUCAGUGAGAGGAAGCAUCCAGAGAGGAGGGAAUGUAGCUCCUAGAGGGAACCACAGCACCCUGAGGACCAGGGAGGGAGCGGGCAGGUGUGGGGGCAGGUAGCUCUGGGGAGGGUGGUGUGUCCAGGGGGCCCUCUGGGCUUGCUUCCAGCUUGUCCUUCCUCUCUCAACCCCUGUGACCAGACACUGGGGGGAAAAGGCAGCCUUCCUUUGCAGCAAUCUGUGCAAAUCUGAAAUGCUUUUUCUGAAGUAGCAGUUUCGCUCAGAUUCACUGUCCUAAAUCGCAAUAAAGCAGUAGCUUUGA